CACGAGACCGCAUAUACGCUCUAUUAUCGUUUCACGAGAGCCUUCGUUCGAUGGUCACAGAUUACAAUCUAUCUGUGCUCGAUGUCUACCGAAGCGCUACUCUGCGCCUUCUGCAUAAUGACCUGGAAAUGCUCGCCUACGCUGGCUCGCAUUUACGCCGGCAGGAAUGGCCGAGUUGGAUCAGGGACUGGCGUAUCAAGAAGAACACGAACACUCUACAACGCUUCAACUGUUGGAUACCCGGGUCGUUUUUUUCGGAAGUUUGCAUGAGCCCAAAAGACAUGAAUGUCCUGAUGGUUUCUGGGGUGCCUAUCAGCUCUGUCCGCACCACUUGGCCAGUCCAACGUCAUGGCCAUGGUGAGUCACGCUAUCUAAAUCUCGAGCGUUUCCGUGAAUACUUCGGUGAUAGCGGAAACGCUUCAAUAGUAUCCCUUGAGAUGCUUUGUCGAGUUAUUUUUGCCCGUGUCUUCGACGAAUAUUACUCGCCCAGUCCCAAGCCUAGCCAUGCAAGCUUCGAACGAAGCAUCCUGGAGCUACAACAACUGGUCCAGAAGCAAUCAAGUCUAUCUAUCGAAGUUCCUACUGGCCCUAGCUCUCCUUUUUGUGAGACUCACCGUCCGUGUCAUGAGCGAGCGCUCUUCUUAAGCGAGCACAACCAGCUUGGAGUUGGGCCUAAAAACUCAAAACCCGGCGAUGUCGUCUUUCUUUUACUUGGAUGGUCAAACCCUUUCGUACUCAGACCAGUGAGAAGACCAGAUGGUACUGUGUAUCAGUUGGUUGGUGAAUGCUAUCUAGAUGGUCAUGCACACGACGAAGCAGUUCUGGGACCUCUACCUUCUGGAUAUGAGGCGAUGAUGUAUAGCCCCAGUCGACCCUUGGAGGAAUAUACACAGGCAUAUUAUAACACAACAACUGGGGAUAUCCAGAGACUAGACCCAAGGAUCCUUCCACACCGUUCGAAAUUUACAGAGGCAGAAUGGAAUAUGUACGAGAACGAAUAUCGCCUGACAGCGGAUAUGGCUCGAAAGAUAGGGGCGCCUCUUCAAAAUAUCAGUCUGAUUUAAGUUCGUUAUAUAGACAGACAUAACUCGCGGAGUGCAUUAACCGUAGUAUAUGUCGACGCGGCUGUUUGAUCUGCGUAAUACACGGGUGUACCUGUCGUGUACAUAAUGGGUCUGAC